CACGCGUUCCUCCAAGCAGGAAGUAGCAGAGAACCCAAACAUAUGACCAGUGACAGUAAGCGACAAAAGCACGCCUGUGUGUAGUUGCUGAACGCAUAUCCUUAAUAAUCAAAGAUGUCCAGGAAGGUUAAGGAGGAGUAUUAUCGGUUCUUUUCCGUGACCGAUACACGCACCCACGAGAAAGGACAUACGGAAUACAAAGUUAUGGCGAGGUUUGUGUCAAAGAGAAGACCUGAAGAUGUGAAGGAGGUGGUGGUGUGGCGUAGGUACUCCGAACUGAAGAAGCUGCACGGGGAGCUAGCCUACACCCAUAGGAACCUUUUCCGACGGCAAGAGGAGUUUCCCCCCUUCCCCCGCGCACAAGUUUUUGGGCGGUUUGAUGAAGCGGUCAUUCAGGAAAGGAUGAAGGCUGCUGAGGCCAUGCUGCUUUUCACCACCAAUAUCCCAGCACUGUACAAUAGCCCUCAGCUCAAAGAGUUUUUCAGGGGAGGUGAGGUGACCCGGCCGCUGGACCCCCCGGUCGUCUCCUCCACCGAUCUCCCUCCCCCUCUCAUCCCGCUGCCCAAGGGCUCGUCCACGCUGCAGGCUGAGGAGGAGCAGGGCCGCGAGGCGCCCCUGCUGCCCCAGGAGCUGGACUCAGACGUGGGCUCGGAGGGGGACGAACCCGAGGUCGGGCUGGAGGCCUACGGGGAGAUGGAGAGCAGCUCGCUCCCGCCUUCCCCACCUUCCCCGGCCAAGGAGGUGACACAAACGCGCGCAGAGUCACCGGAGAACAACGGAACAGAAGAACCGCCAUCUGCCAGAGAUACCUCUCCCGCACCCCCGGCCUCCACCACAGAGAAGCCUGAUGAAUCUCAGGAGGAAUUUGAUUUGCUCUUUGACACGGCAGGGGAGGGGCCUGUAGACAACGCUCCACCCCCUCCUCUCUCUGACACUGACCUGGCUAUCUUUGAUCCAUGUGCCAAAGAAGACCAACCUUACGGCUCGUUUGACAACUCCGAGCUGCUCUCCACAGCUGUUGCCAAUGAGAGCGGCAAAUCGGCCGGGGAGGCGGGAUACCUGGCCCAGGCGGCCAAUGAGUUGAACGCUGCCCUGGAGAAGGAGAAGGAAGGGGACUACGGUGCGGCCAUCCUUCAAUACAGAACAGCGGUCGAUAUUCUGAUCAAAGGUGUACACGGAGACCCAGACCCCCAGCGCAGGGACUCUGUGAAAAGGCGAACCGCUCAGUACCUGCAGCACGCAGAGACGUUGCUCAACCUGCACUCCCCCACACACACUCCCACACACACUCAGCACCAGAGCACAUAGAGCCGCUCCACACACACACACACACACACACACACACACACUCACACUCAGCAACAGAACACAUAGACCCACUUCUCUGCAGACCCCACUUACAACUGUGGCACUUGAACAAACACACACACACAAACACUAUCUCACAUGCACCUACACACAGACAGACACACACACACACUUUCUCACACACAAAUACUGUAGAUGUUCUAUGUGCCGACUCCAUUAUUUCAAACACAGCCACCUAAAUAUAGCUUGUAAACACUGUUAUGUAGCCACUAAUGGGACCAUUGGCACACAUGUGUUUAGAUUUAAACCAAAAAAAAAACACCCUUUUUUUUUUUUCUAUGAAAACAAUUUUCACACACAAACCACAUAUGAUGGAUGGACACAGCUAGAUUAAUCAACCGCCAUUAGAUCAAAAUUACACACAAACACUAAAACACACACACACAGAGAGAGAGAGAGAGAGAGAGAGAGAGAGAGAGAGAGAGAGAGAGAGAGAGAGAGAGAGAGAGAAAGCUCACACAACUUGAAUGUCUUUACACUCACAAGUCACUGCACACCCUUCAGAUUAUCCAUGGUACGUUGUGCUCCUCCACCGAAGUGCGUCCACCCACACCCGAUGACUCCUACUCCCCAUGCGCUCAGUGCCUCUUCAGCACACCUACGGACACUCACGCCACCUACUCCACGGCAUAAAUAUCACUAUGCAGACACUUUAAAGCACAAGUGGGUGGACUCCUUGUGUACGAAGAAGGACUUGACUGGAAAAGAGUAUUUUAAAAACUGAAAUCUACUGUGACCUACAUACUCUAAAAAUCAAAAAGCCUUAACGAGUGUCCUUUCAGCUUCUGUAUUUAUCUAAACUUUAAUUUAUAUUCACUUUUGAAAUUUUACACGCAUGUAUGAUGGCAUUGUAAAUAAUGUUUUGUUUCUAUGUUGUAAGGUAUUUUGUACAUAAGAGAAAUAGACUGGAAUGAUCAAAG